AUGACGAUAAUUACAACCCUACGUAACACAAUAUCAAGACCAGAGAUUCUCAUCACAGGGGGUGCGGGCUUUAUUGGCUCUCACCUUGUCGAAGCUCUUCUGGCCGAGGGAUACUGGAAGGUCGUGGUGGUGGACAACUUCAACGAGUUCUACUCCCCAGAGAUCAAGCGCGCCAAUGUCGCUGCCCAUUUCCUUAACCCUCGUUUCAGUGUUUAUGAGGUCGACAUCCGAGACACCGAGGCUUUACGAGCUGUCUUUGAAGACAACAACUUCACCGCAGUCGUACACCUUGCCGCUUGUGCUGGUGUACUCCCUUCUCUCCAGUUCCCAGGACAUUACUUCGACACAAAUGUGAACGGCACGCUGAACCUGCUCCAGUGUGCCAAGGACUUUGGAAUCAGUCAGUUCCUGUUUGGAUCAUCCUCGAGUGUGUACGGCUACGGCGCGAAGGUUCCUUUCUCGGAGAAUUGCAAGAACUCACAGCCCAUUUCACCAUACGCCGCAUCAAAAUCAGCUGCUGAGCUAUUAUGCUAUACGUAUUCUCACCUUUACGCGAUUCGCUGCAUCUGUCUCAGAUUCUUCACCGUAUACGGUCCUCGUCAGCGCCCGGACCUUGCCAUACACAAGUUCACGAGACUUAUUCAUCAAGGAAAACCCAUUCCCAUGUUCGGAGACGGCACUUCCCGUCGAGACUAUACCUAUAUUGACGACAUCAUCGACGGCAUCCGCGCUGCGCUAGACUAUAGAGGAUCAAUCUAUGAAAUCUUCAACCUUGGGGAGUCGCAGACAAUCCAGCUGGUGGAACUCAUUGGUGUUCUUGAGGAGGCCUUGGGACAAAAAGCCAUUAUUGAUCUACGCGAGGAACAGGCUGGAGACAUGCUUGUCACGUAUGCUGAUGUUUCCAAAGCGAACUUAUUGCUUGGUUAUAAGCCCAAGACACAAAUUCGGGAAGGCAUUUCGAAAUUCGUUGCAUGGUACCUUGCUCACGGAAGAAGGUGA